AUGAUCCUUAGCAGCAGCAGUGGCAAACUUAGCCGCAACACACUAAUCUCUCUCAUCAACAAAGCUUCCACCUUCCCUCACCUCGCUCAAACCCACGCUCAACUCAUUCUCAAUGGCUACCGUUUCGACAUUUCCACCAUCACCAAACUCACUCAAAAACUCUUCGACUUCGGCCGCACGCGCCACGCACGCGCCCUCUUCUUCACCGUUCCUAAACCCGACAUCUUCCUCUUCAACGUCCUCGUCCGUGGCUUCUCCCUCAAUGAUUCCCCUUCUUCUUCCAUUUCUCUGUACUCCCAUUUGCGCCGCAACACUGACCUCAGCCCUGAUAACUUCACUUACGCUUUUGCGGUUGCGGCUUGUUCUAACGAGAGCCACUUGAUGUUGUUGCAUGCUCACUCUAUCGUUGAUGGGUAUGGUUCUAAUGUUUUUGUUGGGUCCGCUCUUGUUGACUUGUACUGCAAGUUUUCGAGAGUUGGGUUUGCGAGGAAGGUGUUUGAUGGAAUGCCUGAGAGGGAUACGGUUUUGUGGAACACUAUGAUUAAUGGGUUGGUUAAAAAUUGUUGUUUUGAGGAUACUGUUGAGGUGUUUGGGGAAAUGGUUACGCGAGGUGUGAAGAUGGAUUCGUCGACUGUGACUGCUGUGCUUCCUGCUGCGGCUGAGUUGCAAGAGAUGAGAGUUGGGAUGGGGAUUCAGUGCUUGGCUUUGAAAUUUGGGUUUCAUUUUUAUGAUUAUGUGUUGACUGGUUUGAUGUCGUUGUAUUCUAAAUGUGGGGAUGUGAACACGGCGAGGUUGUUGUUUGGGAUGAUUAGAAAGCCAGAUUUGAUUGCUUAUAAUGCUAUGAUUUCUGGGUUUACUUCCAAUGGGGAGACUGAAUGUUCUGUGAAGCUUUUCAGAGAGCUUCUUGUUUCUGGUGAGAAAGUUAGUUCGAGCACAAUAGUUGGACUGAUUCCACUGCAUUCUCCCUUUGGCCAUCUACAUUUGGCUUGCUCUAUUCAUGGUUUUUGUGUGAAAUCUGGUAUUAUUUUGAAUCCGACUGUUUCAACUGCGUUCACUGCUAUAUACAACAAACUCAAUGAAAUAGAUUUGGCUCGCCAGCUGUUUGAUGAAUCCACGGAGAAAACCGUGGUUGGUUGGAAUGCUAUGAUUUCGGGUUACACGCAGAAUGGUUUGACAGAGACAGCUAUCUCUCUUUUUCAGGAAAUGAUGAAGACUGAAUUCACUCCAAAUGCAGUCACCGUCACAACUAUCCUUUCAGCUUGUGCUCAACUAGGAUCUCUAAGUUUUGGAAAAUGGGUCCAUCAGUUAAUUAAAAGCAAAAAUCUUGAGCCAAACAUUUAUGUCUCAACAGCUCUAAUUGACAUGUACGCCAAGUGUGGCAACAUUUCGGAGGCUCGGCAAUUAUUUGACUCGAUGAGUGAAAAAAAUACUGUUACUUGGAAUACUAUUAUUUUUGGUUAUGGGCUCCAUGGAUAUGGGCACGAAGCACUUAAACUUUUCAACGAGAUGUUGCACUUGGGGUUUAAUCCAUCUGCUGUCACUUUUCUUUCAGUAUUGUAUGCUUGCAGUCAUGCUGGCUUAGUAGGAGAAGGAAAGGAAGUUUUUCAUACUAUGGUUAAUAAAUACAGGAUUGAACCCUUAACCGAGCACUAUGCAUGCAUGGUGGACAUUCUGGGACGAUCUGGACAGUUAGAAAAAGCUUUGGGUUUUAUAAAGGAAAUGCCAGUUGAACCAGGUCCUGCUGUCUGGGGUACAUUGCUUGGUGCUUGCAUGGUUCACAAAGACACAAACAUAGCCCGCUUGGCUUCAGAAAGGCUAUUUGAACUUGAUCCGGGGAGUGUAGGAUACUAUGUCUUACUUUCUAACAUAUACUCUGUGGAGAGAAACUUCCCAAAGGCUGCUUCAAUAAGACAAGUUGUUAAGAAAAGAAAACUGGCAAAGAGUCCAGGGUGCACUCUAAUUGAGGUUAAUGGGACCCCCCAUGUCUUUGUAUCUGGUGACCGUUCUCAUUCUCAUGCAACAGAUAUUUAUGCAAAGCUGGAGAAGUUAACGGGCAAGAUGAAGGAGAUGGGGUAUCAGUCAGAAACAGCCCCCGCUUUGCAUGACGUGGAAGAAGAGGAAAAAGAGCUUGCCUUUAAUGUUCAUAGUGAGAAGUUAGCCAUAGCUUUUGGCCUUAUUACUACUGAACCUGGUACAGAGAUCAGGAUCAUCAAGAAUCUCCGGGUUUGUUUAGAUUGCCACACUGCAACUAAGUUUAUAUCAAAGAUCACAGAAAGAUUGAUUGUAGUUAGAGAUGCUAACAGAUUCCACCAUUUCAAAGAUGGGAUUUGUUCUUGUGGUGAUUAUUGGUGA